CUUGUUGAAGUUAUCGAAGGAGAGGAGCUGACGUUCCUCAGGCUUGUGUCUACGAGGCUUGUAGACGAUUGUGGCUGAGCAUUCUAUCAAACGGAAAUCUCUGCGUGAUGUGAAAUCCUUGGCAUGCCUGCAGCUCAGCUCCACCAACGUAGCUGGAACAACAUCACCGAUAAACAUUCUCAACACUCGAAUCUCGGUGCAUCUGAGGGACUCUUUGCUCAUACCAGUACAGCUCACCACCUUCUCCAUCUAUUGUCUAGUUCCAACUAGCCAACUGUUCCGAUGGCACCGACCAUCAUCUUGAUUCGACACGCGGAGGCACUACACAAUAUCACAAAGGACUACAUGAUCCGAGACCCGCCUCUCACGGACGAUGGACUCAAAAUUCAAUGUCCUGCCCUUUCAACAGCACUGCAAGCUUUGCCGCUCGCGCAAGAAAUUGAACUUAUCGUCGUCUCACCUAUGCGCCGAACCCUCCAAACCACUGAGGCAUCACUUGGCUGGCUUCUAAAUCGCGGAUUUCCUGCAGUUGCCCGUGCUGAAUGGCAAGAGAAUACGGUCAACAAUAUUGAUAUCGGUCGUCCCAUCUCCGAGCUUGUGAAGGAAUACCCAAGGAUUGACUUUAGCGGUGUCGACCGUGUGUUCCCGGCAAAGGAGGGGCUUUAUGAAUUCUCCCUGGAAAGCCUGACUGAAAGAGGGGUCGUAGCAAGAAAGUGGCUGAAAGAGAGAAAGGAAAAGGUCAUUGCUGUUGUUAGCCACGAUGGAUUCAUGAGGGUAGGUAUUAGCCAUAGGAAAUUUGGAAACGCAGAUUAUCGCAUUUUCGAAUUUGAGGAAGACGUUAAUGGCAGAGAUGGAUUGAAACUGGUGGAGUGGGACCUGACAGAGAACAAUGGUGGUGGUUUGGGAACGUCACCAAAGGGUACUUUUGGCUGGUUGCCUCAUGAUUUUAAGUACAUGCCUCGGCCGCCGCCGCUCUCUGUGCAGGAGGAAUUACUAGGCCAGGCAGAAUAGAUAAGAUUGUUCGGGAUAAUACCCAAGCGGGGCGUACUUGAAACUUGAGAUUGUAGGUAGAUAUGCAUUUACUUCAUCGAUCAAAAUACUGAGAAG